CAGGCCAAGACCGCAGUUCAGUCUUGCAAAAGAACAGAGCUUGGUGUGUGCGCGCGCACGAGGGGCCGGCCAUGGCGAGGACUCUGCUCCAGCCCAAGGCCGAUCCCGCAGCCGCGUUCGUCCACGCCGGAGCGCCGGCGGCCUCCGCCCUCCUUAUCGUCGCCGUCGUCGUUGCCGUCGCCGCGAUCGUCGUCUCCCUCUGCACCAGCGGCAAGAACGCCAGGCCGCGGAAGCAGCGGCGGUCGUCCCUGGCGCCGGCCCCGCAGGAGCACCAGGACAGCGGCGCCGGCGCCGGCGCCGGCAGGAGCAAGCCGCAGCUGCUCGCCAGCCUCAGCGGCAUCGGCGUCAAGGCGGCCGCGGUGGCCAAGAUGGUCUCGUGGAACCGCCGGUCGCCGCCGGCGUCGGGCGGGUGGAGCAGCAACGACGACGACGACGUUGGCGCAGUCGAGGAGGAAGAGGCGCUGUGGAAGAAGACCAUCAUCAUGGGCGGCAAGUGCCGUCCGCUCGAGUCCUCCGGCCACAUUGCCUACGACUCCGACGGCAACCCGCUGCAGCCACCGCCGCCGGCCCCUGUCGAGAAGGAUGCCGCCGACGAGGCUUAGCUUAAGUGCUUAACAACUGCGCGCGCGCACGAACGUGCACGUGCAGUUGAGUGAGAGUUUGAUCUGCAAGGUGUGUUGAGGUGUUGCCGCGUCAAAUCGUCCGUGCGAGUGCGAGUAGCCGUGCGUGCCAGCUAGCUUGACCCGUGUCUCCACGGAUUCGGGUUAACCUCGUCGAGUCGAAGUGGCCAUCGGUAUCGAUCUGAAUCAUCUGAUGAAGCGUUUCGCCUUUUCUUCAAACAGAAUCAAAUUGAUGCUAGAGAUCAGUAAGUAUUCCGGGC